CAUGGGCGUCUCCACUGCCACGGGCGCCUACGCGCUCGUGCUCGUCGUCGCGUUCCUGUGCGGCUACGCGCUCGGCGCUCGGCACGGUCCUGCCUUCCGUCAGGGCGCUGCAAAAAAAGUGGGACCCGCCCCAGCCCCAGCCCCUCCUGUCCGUGCAGCGUGCACCCCACCGCCGCUGCCAACACACGCACCAGGAAGCCAAGAAGACCAUGAGGCGGUCCUCCGUUGGGCAAGCAACAUUAUUUGCAUGUACUCCUACAAGACAAAGGAGGAGCGCAUUGCCAUCAGCAAGGCCCGACGCACAGCGGCUCGUGCUGCAGCCGAGGGGGCUUG